GGAGAGGGUGUAACUAAUGUGCCAGGACGGAUAGAGAGUUUCUAACCUCCCCGCGUCUUCCUGAAGUGAAGCGGCUGGUGCUAGUGGGCUCCGAAUCUGAUACAGUGACCCACAGUGAGGCCUCUAUCAGAUUGAUACCAAAGGUUCUCCCUGCUGGACUAAAGACGUAUGAGCUUCCUCCUCGUUAUGAUGAUGUGAUCAUCCCAGAGAAGCCCAAACUAAAAUUCUUCAAUAAAGUCCCUAACUACAAGAAACCCAGGCGGUGGAUGAAAAGGCUGGGAGACAUCCGUGGGCCAGCAACACGGGCUAAUACACUCACAAGGGGAGAGUGUGGCAUUGUAGCUCUUGGAGGUGGUUAUCUUCACUGGGGUCACUUUGAGAUGAUGCGCCUCACUAUUAACCGGCGAAUGGAUGCCAAAAACAUGUUUGCUCGCUGGCGUGUAAAUGCUCCAUAUAAACCCAUUACUCGCAAAGGGUUAGGUCAGAGAAUGGGUGGUGGGAAAGGAGCCAUUGAUCACUAUGUCACUCCGGUUAAAUAUGGCCGGAUUAUUGUAGAGUUUGGAGGUCGGUGUUCGUUUGAGGAAGUGGAACCAUUUUUGUCAGAAGUUGCAAAAAAACUGCCCUUUCCUGCCAAGGCAGUCAGCAAGAAAGCUUUGGAGGACAUGUGGAACAAAGAUGAGCAAAAGGCCAGAAACAACCAGAAUCCAUGGACUUUUGCAAGAAUUGCAACAAUGAACAUGAUGGGGAUUCGCAAAGUGUUGAGUCCAUUUGACUUAAAGUAUCAUGGUAAAUUCUACGGGAAAUCACGCGUACCUAAUCGUGUGUGAAGAUUAAAAUAUGUGACAGAA